AUGUCCAAAAAGAGAAAGCACGACCAGGUCGAGCCUGACGCUGUCCCCGCGCAAGACGAUGGCCCAGAACCAGAUCAGUCUACACCAGCGAAGAAGUCGAAAUCCAAGGGACAGAGCCGACAGGAAAAAUCCGAGCGGAGGGCCAAGAAAAAGAAGUUGGACACAAAAGAAAAGAGAAGCAGCAAAAAGGAGCGUGCCAACGUGGCGGUGACCGAGGAAGGAGAGGAGCAAGAAGAAGAAGGCGGCGCUGCAGAGGUUUCCUCCAAGAAAAAGAAGAAGACCAAGUCGACGGCCGAAGAGCAAAACGGGGAUGCGGAGGCAGAUUCGAAGCCUUCCAAGGACAAAAAAGAGAAGGUGAAGAAGACGAAAAAAUCCACAGAUGAGCCCGAGGAAAAGACCGAAGGCACAUCUUCAUCAUCGCGCUUCAUCGUCUUCGUCGGCAACCUGCCCUUCACCGCCACGGCAGCACAGGUGCAGGACCACUUCGUCAAGCUGGCGCCCAGCUCGGUACGGCUCUCGACGGACAAAACGACCGGGAAAGGCAAAGGGUUCGCAUUCGUCGAAUUCGACGGCUACGACAAGAUGAAGACGUGUCUGAAACUGUACCACCAUUCGAUCUUCGAUCCGGAGGCCAAGGGGAAAGACAAGACGAAUGUGAACCAGGACGCAGAUGGAGCAGGAGCAGGAGGGUUCGAUGCGAAGAAGAAGGCCGGAAGACGCAUCAACGUCGAGUUGACGGCCGGCGGUGGCGGGAAGCAGAGCAAACAGCGCAAGGACAAGAUCCGGUCCAAGAAUAUCAAGUUGGAUGAGGAGCGCGAGAGGACGAGGGUCAAGGAGCGCGCGGAACUGGAUGAGGCGGCGAGGAAGAAAAGAUCCCAGCCCCAAACUGGUGCUAAUGCCGCCCAGGUCGACAAUGGGUCGAUACAUCCGAGUCGUUUGGCUCAAAUGAAGCAUUGA